GCUUGAAGUGCGGCGUAUUUAUAUCUAGAUCAAACUUAAAAUCUUGGACUGCGCAUCCGUAGGAUAUUAAUUAACAUGUUCCGCUGUAUUAUCCUCGCGUAUUGCGCAUGUGCAGUAACGAGUUAUGAGGUUUUCCGGGAUCGGAUCCCUAAUGGCAAGGGAGUACCAAACCCCUGUGACAUGAGGAGGACUUGGGACGGGGUCGGGCACCAGACGUCGGAAGGAGGCACACCAAGGAACCUAUUUGGAUUAGACUUCAAAAGCAAUAACUACGUCUGGAACGAGACCAUCUGCAACAAGGACUCGGAUGGAGAUGGACGAACGAACGGAGAGGAGCUCGGGGACCCGGAAUGCACGUGGACAAUUGGCACCGAACCUUCCAAGGCUGCAUCCUCGCAUCCAGGCAUCUGUGAGCCCCUUGACAGCCCGAUCUGUGCGGACAAGAACGCGUUCCUUGACUGUGAUCAUCAGGGAUUCGAGUGUGACGCCAUCAGACAACAAGAUGUAUUUAACAUUAGCAUAGCGUUCGCUCCGGGAACCCAUGUUCCGGGUCAGAAGACGACUUACAUGUGCCAAGCGUUUGACUUACCAGAAUCGGCGACCUCUGGUGCCAAUCACCUCAUAGCGGCCAUCCCGAACAUCGUCAACCCGACUGUGGCCCAUCACAUGAUCAUCAGGGGAUGUAGCCCGGAUGCCCGAACCACGGACAAACACAAGGCUGCCCCUUACCAGUGCUUCAUGGGCGACCAGCUCGGAUGUGAGGACAUUAUAGCCAUCUGGGCUGUUGGCUCCCUUGGGCUCUGCCUGCCCGACGAAAUCGGAUUCGCUGUCGGCAUUGGCGGGUAUACACAGGUCCUGUUUGAGAUUCACUGGGACAACCAGCUGCUAUUGGACAGCUACGUAGACAAUUCCGGGUUCAUAUUGUCCCUGACUCCUAACAAACGGCCGAACAAUGCGGGCAUCUUCACGAUUGGUCAGAACGUCCUCCAACUUCCGCCCCGAAAUCCCGCAUACACAGCUACAGGGCAUUGUUCCGGUGCAUGCGCAGAACGGAUCUAUGAAGAGAACUACAAUGAAUUUAAGAUUGCGGGGGCGUUUAACCAUAUGCAUCUCUUAGGCGCGGCCAUUUUGUCGCAGGUGUAUGACCCGGCGACCGGUACCCUAACCGACCUUGCCCGGGAUCCAACAUACGACUUCAACGCGCCGAUCUUCUACAUAUUUGAUCCAGUGACGGUACGUCGAGGUCACGAGCUAAACGUCACAUGCACGUAUAACACUAUGUCUAAAACGGAAAUGACGUAUUCCGGAGAAUCAACCAAUGACGAGAUGUGUUACAGUUUCCUGCUGUACUAUCCCAAGGAAGCACUGACCGCUACUCAGUGUAUACAGACCGGUAAACAUGACAACUGUGUAGCCAUUGACUGCCAGCAGGAAUCGACGGCAUUCGGUGCGCGUGUCUGGAACGCCUGCAGCCUUUCUGAAUGCAAGGAGACUUGUAAGACUGUUGCCAUGGAGGCGGACAAAAGCCCCUGUUUCUCAGGUUCUGGAAGGCAGACCGCACUAGAGUACGCAUCUUCAAUGAAAGAUGCUAACACCAAAUCUCCCAUCCUGGAGUUCUAUAUGCGGUUGGACAGCUGUAGGUCAGAGAUCGAGAGGAACAAAUGCCCUUUUGGAGGGGGCCAGAUUGACGCCAACGUCGCAAUGUCUACUUAUGUGACGUCUGCAGCGGUUUUUCUGACGGCCGUUGUUGCGCACUACAUUUAAAACUGUUUCAACUGUCCAAUUAACAAAUUACAAUAACCUUUAAAUUAGUUUCUGUGGCACAUUAUUGAAAAUAUAGAACUAGAACGGGGCAUGUUUUGUCGAACAAUUGUUAAUAACCAAUGAUUUAUCAACAGCUGUUAGGUGUGAAUACUCUCCAAAGAGGAACACACAUCAUUUUUACCUAAUGCACAUAUCUUUAUAGUAAACCCAUCGGCUGCAGAAAUAUUUAAAUACUAUCCACAUACUACUUUCAAUACUGUUUUAAAACUGGGGGGUUUCUUUAGGUCGAAAAGAGUUAAAUACAUUUUACAUUAUUAAGAAAAAAAUGAAGAGGGUGUAAACCUCGAAUUCGGCCGUGCAUUUUUACAAGUAAUUAGUAUUCGACCAAGUCAAUGUUUAUGUGUUUUAAUGCAUCUGAAUGCAAAUUAAGAUACUCAUACAAACGUUGUAAUUGGAUAUAUAUAAUUGUCAUAACGUUUCAAUUAUGUACAGGGAUACUGUACCAGACUUACUCGUAAUAUAUAAAAAAAAUCGCGUGACAAUUCGUAUUGUAUAGAACUAUAUAAGUAA